AUGGCAGCCAUAACUCGUGCCAACUUUCUUGAGUACAUGCGUGCUUUCAACGCUCACGACUUUGAAAAACAAUAUUCAUUCUACGCGGAGGACGUGACACUACACAUCCCGGAUCCCAAAACGGGAAUGCUCUACGGCAAAGACGGUAUUCGCGGACACUAUCUUCCACUUUUCGACGUAUGUGACGAAUACGUCGUUCCGAUGGUUGUGAUGAAUGAUUCUCACAAAGUCCUUUUGAUCAUGGAAUCGUACUUUGUGUACAAUUCAAAGCUGGAGGGCGUCUUCGGCUAUGCGGUGGAGGAGGGGGACAUAAUAAAAAUUCGCGUCUGGGCUUACUAUGAGAUUGAAAAUGGGAAAAUGCAGCGAAUCGUCUGCAAUCUUUUUCAAAAGUGGUUUCUUGGGAAAGGGGAUAUUCAAGAGUUGAUUCGGGAGAGCGAAAGUCGCGCCGAGCCUGAUUUGAAGAUUUUCAAUUAUUAG